UUCUUCUAAUUCUCAGUCCCACCUUAAAUCCAGCAGUAGAUUGGGACGAACGUCAGCCCUUCACCCACACAGUUUUUAAUGGUAUGCAGGAUGUGACAACAGCCAUAAUACAGCGUAUACAACUGUCUGAUUGCAUAACUUCAGGGCGUGUGAUAUAGUGGUGGGAGUGCAAAUCUCGGCAAUUCAACUUUAUACGCUUUUAUACUUUUAUAUCACUCUCUCACUCUCUCUGUUCGGCUAUAACUCCCAGUCUGGACUGUGAGCUGCUGCAGGGCUGUGUGAGAUUGAGUGGCUCUACACCGCGGAGAUGUUGACUCUGCUGGCCGUCUGUGGAGCUCUGCUCGCCGGGUAUCUGCUGCUCUGGGUGACGGUGCUCCGGAUGCCGCGGUGUAAAAGCAAGGUCCAGCUGCACGGAAAGACGGUGGUGAUCACCGGUUCAAACACUGGAAUUGGGAAAGCCACAGCUCUGAAUCUCGCCAAACGAGGAGCGAGAGUGAUCCUGGCCUGCAGAGACCAGCGGAGAGCUGAAGCUGCUGUGAGCGAUAUAAAGAAGGAAACUGGAAACAAUGAGGUUCUGUAUAUGCAUCUGGACCUUGCAGAUCUUCAGUCCGUGCGAACAUUUGCUGAGAACUUCCUCAAAACAGAGGCCAGACUGGACAUACUCAUCAACAAUGCUGGACUUGUGGUAAAAGGAAGGACGAAGGAAGGUUUUGGAAUGAUCUUUGGCGUCAAUCACCUCGGUCACUUCUUGCUGACCCUUCUAUUGCUGGACCGACUGAAGGAGGGCGGUCCCAGUAGAGUGAUCAAUGUAUCCUCAGAUGGUCAAAAGCUUGGGAAAAUCGACUUUGACUGCAUCAACACCCACAAAAGGCUGCGCACCGGAGAAUCUGCUUUGGCUCUGUUAUUGAAUUACUGUGACAGCAAGCUCUGCAAUGUUCUAUUCACCCACGAGCUGGCCAAGAGACUCCAGGGCACAAACGUCACCUGCUACAGUCUUCAUCCAGGGGCUAUAAAAACUGAGAUAGGUCGUCAAGCCAACAUAUGGUGGAAGAUGGUCCUGAGCCCCAUCACCUUCUUGUUCUUUCUGGAUGUGGAGUCAGGAGCCCAGACAUCUCUGUACUGUGCUCUGCAGGAGGGAAUCGAGCCCCUGAGCGGACGCUUCUUCUCCAAAUGCGCUGUGAGGAACGUCUCGGCCAAGGCCAAAGACGACGCAGCUGCCAAGAAGCUUUGGGAACUGAGCGAAAGAAUGUGUGGCCUAGCUUGACCUGAUUUGAAUGUGUGGAUUUGUACUGUACAUAGUGUUUUAAUCAAAUACCAUUUCUAACAUAUUGGUUCCUAACUUGUUCUGUCAGUUUUCUAAUCAUUAAGCUAUGUGUGGCAAUUGUGAGAAGAGCAUGUGAGGGAAGGGCGUGGUGCAGUGUAGUGGGGUGAGGUGAGGUAUGUCUCUUUUUGUGCCUUGGAGCUGUUGAGUAUGUGUUCUUUCAUGAAGAUGCAUGUGUGAGGAGUUAAAGGCCUAUAGCUAACAAUGUCCCACUCCACCCAGGCAGGGCGUGAAUGUUUCAAUAGUCUAUUACAGCUUUUAAAUGCUACUAAAUAUAGUACAUGUGUUUGUCUUUUAGCAAGCUUCUCUGAGAUGACUUUACAUUACAUUACAUUACAUUUGGUGACGCUUUGGUCCAAAGCGAAUUACAAAUAAUGAUAGAUACAUUUAAUAAUAGAGGUCAUAGAAUUUCAAGACAAAAAACAUUUUUGACAGAGCUUAAAGAAGGCCAAAGGUGAAUAGUUGGAUGGAGGAGGAAAGGAGAGGAAGAAGGAAACGAGGUAAGAAGUAGUUAGUUUUUUAGAGGUGUUAGGAGAGUUGGUGAUUUUUGAAGAGCUCUGUCUUCAGGAGUUUCUUAAAGAUAGUGAGAGGGAUGCUCCUGAUCUGGUAGUGGAAGGUAGUUUGUUCCACCAUUGGGGAACACUGUAUGAAAACAGUCUGGAUUGUUUUGUGUGAACGUUUGGCCUUUGGCCUGGUGGUUACGUAAGCCUUUAGGAACGAGUGCAGGUAGAAAGGAGCCUGUUCUGUCAUCACCUUGUUGGCAAUUGUAAGAGCUUUGAAUUUCAUGCGAGCAGAUUUACUGAACAGAAGGCAAAAGGCUAAAUCAUAUCAAAGUUACAUUGUUUUUAUUUAAUAAAAAUAUUUUUUAAAACAUUUUUGCUGAUUCCUAGCUGUUACCCACAAAUCAAAAUGAAGAUCUUCAGUAUUGCAUGAAUGGACAGUUUUUUGGGGUAUUUUUUCGCAUUAAUGACAAAAAAGCUCAAAAACUUUACCUAUAACCCUUAGUUAACCAUAUUUUCUGUGUGUAUUAGACUGUUAAACAAAUUUACCUUACAGGUAACUUUGUAAAGAGGCCACUGUUAUAGAAUAAUAAAUACAUUUUAAGGAA